GGCAGCUCCGGCACGAAUAUGCAAACAAGCCGCCCCAUCAAAGGUAGUCCGAAAGUAAACGGAGCCCCGCGAGAGCCGGGCCGGGCGGAGGCGCCUCCCGCACCGCGGGCGCAGCCUCGAGGCCCCGGGGCGCCUCCGCCCGGCCGCCCGGGCAGCGGAAACAUGGCCCCGCCCGCCUCCGCCCUCCGCCCUCCGGGCGUGGUAGUCCCGCGCUGGCGAGCGGUUGCCUGGGUGGCCCUGAGAGGUUGGUCGGGAGAGGCCACGCAUCAGGCGUCGGCGCCGGAGUUUUAUUCCCGGAAGAGGCGGAUAGAAAGACGGGGGACUUACUUGCCGGAGCAGUUGGGAUUACGAUUGGGGAUGUGGUACUGGAAUGAUGAAACCAGAAAUCUUGAAUUCAGAAGUUUUACACCUGCAGUAGAACCCAAGGAAAAAGGAAGGAGAGGCAAAGCAGUACACUUUGCUGAAAUUGAUGGUCCAGCUUCAGACAGGUUGACAGAUAAAAAAUAUGCUUCAAGGGACGAUAAGUCACCUAAAGCCUUAGAGAAGCGAGGUCAGCAGGGCAAUGUGACACUGCAUGACGUUAAAUUUGUUGCUUUGUUUUUACUACAAGAUACUGAGAUGCAGCGGAUCUGUUCUUUCGCAACGUUUAUGAGGAAUAAACAUCUGGAUCAUUUCCUCAUGGCAUUAUUGUACUAUUUAUUUUACUACUUGGAAAAAAUAGCCCUGGAAAAGAAACCCAAAAGCUACAUGGUGAGCCUUGUAGAGAAAAAAGAGUUGGAAUUGGUUAUAAGUAAGUUAGAAGCGGCGCAGAAAUACCUGGCACAGAAGUACUGCGUCCUCGUCCUGGGCACGGGAAUGCCGGAGAAGCAUCACAUGUGCUGCGGGAAGGAGAAAAUAUCAGAUACACAGAGAGACUGGAAAUUCUUUGAGUCCUUUUACACUUUCUGUACGUACGUAGCUUGGAUUGUCUUCCGGCGUCAACACUUCACAGAGAUUGAGGAAGAAAUAGGAAGGCUCUUUCGUACCAGCGUGUUCAACACUCCUCGAAGGAAGCGUGAGGAUGAAGAAUUAGGAGGGGAAGAUAAACGCCUGACUUUUGUGCAAUUCAGGAGAAUGAUGGCAAGACGACCAGCAAUUAAAAAAGCCAUUAACAUGCGCUCUCCAGUCAUGUCUACUCUGCUGCCGUCUCUCAGAGAAAAAGCUCAGAAUGUCUUUGAGAAAAAGUAUCGUCAGGUAGACGUCAAACUCCCGGUGCAGAUGCAAGAGCACAUGGAAAGUCUGGACUCGACGCUCAUGCCAAAAGUUGGCAUCUUGGGGGAGCCUCGACGUCUGUUCAACCCCCAUACCCUUCUCCCCCUUGAACCGGAAGAAAACACAAGAGUGUCUGGGGCACAUUCUUCCCUGAUAAAAAGAAAUAACAUAAAGAUCCAGGAUACACGGACUUAGUCAGGAGAAGAUUGUCCUCUGAAACGACAUCCCCUAACUAAUCUGGUACAUUCCAUUUCUGUAAGUAAGUCCCGGUAGUUGAAGUAAACCACUUUGAUUUAAUCACUUUAUAUAGGACUAAUAUUUAUUGUUAUCACACUUUUUUAAAUUGUUCAAAUUAAUUUUGUCACAAGUUCAACAAUGGAGUAUUAAAGAAUUCCAGAAAACUCUUGAAAAGCUUA